AUGCCGAAGGAUCAGAAGGAACAGGAACUGGAGAGGGGGUUAAAAGAACGCCAUGAUAUUAACGAUUAUGUAGACAAAAUUGUGAAUGCUUCCUGCUACGUGUACCAAACACAAAGAAUUGGCAAUCCAUCCUUACGUUAUUCACGAUGCAAUCUUAUAUAUUAUUGGAUAGGAGAUGUGUUGUCAAGCAGUUCGACAUAUGAUGAUACAUUUCCAGGAAUUAUGAAGCUCAUCUGCGAAGAAUUAAACAAAUGGUCUUUAGGAAAAGGGAACUGUGCUCUUACGUGCACUAAUGUUAGCAAUAAGGAAAUGUUCCUCCAUAGAAAAACCAUCUUUGAUUAUUGCUAUGAUUAUAAAACAUUAGAAGAUUGGUCAAAGGAUUCUUCUGACCUUCGUUCAUCCCUCUGUACUGGGGACGAUUAUAACAAAUAUCUAAGCGCAGUUGAAGCAGCGUACAGUGCUAUAAAUAACGACUGUAAUGGUAAAAAUGCGGAUCCAUAUUGUAACGAGUAUAAAAGAAAAUACAAGGACUAUAGUGAGGAUGAUAAGCUACAAAAAUUAAAAUGUACUCCCGUAUCUAAACCAAUAUCCGAGCCAGGAGCUGAAACAGCAUCAUUAGUGGUGUCCACCGGAGAAGGAAACGUCGCUCCAAUUGUCUCUUCCAUAACUGCAUUAGUAGGAUUACCAGCAAUUGCUGCUUUCUUCCUCUACAAAUAUAAUCUCCUACCUCCCUGGAUCAAUAACAAAUUUAGAAACACAAAUAAAAGAAAAAAAAGAACAACAACAAUUGAAGGCGACUUUGAUACUUCAACAAUAGGAGGUUCCACAUUAGGUGACUCCACAUUCGAUUCAACAGAAGAUACUUCUACUAUAUAUAAUGGUCGACGACGACCAUCAGCACAGCCAGCACGUGUAGGAAGGAGCAGCAGAGAAAACAACAACCAUAGAAAUGGGCAGAAUAGAAAUAUAGCUUAUUAUCAUAUAAAUAAAGUAAAGAAGGGAGAAAAUAUUACAUAUAUGCAUAAAACUACUAACCACAUAAUUGCUUUAUCACAAACUGCUACAACAAACAACUACUACUACAACUCCAACAAACUGCUAAUCAGGCUUUUAAAGGUGCAUAGGAGUGCUCCUUCCGGUACCAGCAGUGACCACCUGUGCAAUGUGAAUGAUUUACCUUCACAAAAAAUAUAUAAUAAAUUCAAGAAUAAUGUGCAGGAAUGUGCGAAUAGCAGUUCUUGGAAAACAGGAAUAGAAGGUAUACUGAAUGGUAAAAUAAAGAGAACCUGGAAUUAUGAUGAAAAGGUAUGUGCGAAGGAUAUUACCAAAGCAUGGUGUCCUGUAUCAAACAUAGAGUCCGGGAACCUAGCCUGUACAGUUAUUUGUGAUUAUUUCUAUUAUUGGUUAGGGGAAAUAUUAUGUAAUAAUAGGAAAGGACUUUCUUCAUUUAAGGAUACUAUGAGGGACAUUUACAAGAAAUUAGGAAACUCCAGCGGCAACCAAUGUAGUUAUAUAACUAUGGACAAUAGUAUUGACCAGGACCUUUUCAAGUAUAGAAAAUUAAUAUUCGAUUACUGGAAUGAUUAUAAAACGAUAUGGAAACAAAUAAAGCAAGAAUGUUCAUCUGGCGGAUCCUCUUGUGCGCAGGUAUAUGCCACUUACCUAAGUAAUGCUGAUUCAGCUUAUAGGCAGGUACAAGCAAAUUGUGGGGAGACGGUUAUGGAUGAUUUCUGUAAAAAAUUUAGGGACAAGUUCAAAAAUAGCGACACCACUAAGAAUAUUCCAGAACCAGGAAAACUGAAAGAUAAAGCAGUGUCCAAAGAAGAUCUUGGACCGGACGACGGGGAGGACGAGCACGGAGCCGAUCUGAAUAGUUGCUUUCAACAGCUGUCUGUAGCAAUUUCUGCAUUACAUUCGAACGGUGAAACAGAACUCGGUCCCGUACUCGCAGAAGGUCCCUCAGGGUCCGUAAAUACAACCACGCCUACCGCGGCAACCAUAUCUGGUACCCUGGCCACAACUGCAGUUGCGACCAUAUCCUUGUUAUUAUAUAAGUAUAAUCUUCUACCCUCCUGGCUACAUAACAAAUUAGGAGGAGGGAACAGAAGAGGAAGGAGAGGGAGAUCAACCAGACCCAACUUUGACGAUGACACAUUAACAACAGCAGACAGUUCAACAAUAGGUUCUACAACAACGGACGAUUAUUUGUCCACUUCAGAUUCGACGGAUGAUUCUACAGACCAGCAUUUACAGGAGUUACCUUCAUGGAUUGAUUUCUAUAAUGAAUUCCAAAAAGGAAGCACAAAAAAAUGUGAUGAUACGUGCACCGGGAACUGUGCAGAUAAAAUCGUCGCAAAUAUAAAGACAGUUUUAGAUACAAUUAGUAAGUUGGACGGUUCUAAUGUGAAGAAUUAUAUUAAUACAAUUAAAGAAGGAGUGUGUUAUGUGGACAACAUGUAUAAGGAAAAUGAGUAUUUGCUCAAUAAUAAACGCUGCUGGUUUCUAUACUUUUGGAUAGGGGAAAAAUUAUAUAGGGAUCCUAAACCUGACCGAAUCAGGAGCAAUCUAAAUUCUAUUUGUAUGUUAAUAAAGGAAAAAUAUAAGAAUCAUGGAUGUAAACUUAUUUGCACUGAGAAUAUUGAAAAAGGACCUUUCACUCAUAGAAAAACACUAUUCGAAUUCCUGUAUGACCAUACGGCUCUACGAACGCUCUUAUGGAAUGGCACGCCUUUGGAUGCUGAGAAAUGUAGAAAUUACUUUGACAAAGUCAAAGCAGCAAAAGAAGCAAUGACAACAUAUUGCACAACCAACAAUAACUCUGAUGAUUAUUGUAAAAACUUCUGGAAUCUACGUAAGGAAGACCUUCAAAAGGAAUUAUCAGAUUUGGAAGAUGCAUUACAAAAAGCUCAAGAAAUAAUAAAACGCGAAGCAAAAUUAGCCGCCUCCAAAACAGAGGCACACUUAAGUGAAGCAGUCCGUGCAGCUAAAACAACAUCUUCCCUUUCUUCUAUAUUUGGCACACUCGGAAUGACAGUCACUCCCUUCUUAUUGUAUAAGUAUAAACCAUGGUCUUCUUGGUUUGGUAACAAUUUUUCUGGAAAUGGAGGAAGAAGCAACACAAGAAGAAAAAGAACAAUUGGACACGAAAUGGACACAUUAACGGAAGCUUCCAUAGUGGACUUCACAACAAGUUCGGAAACAAGUUCCACAAUAGACAAUUCUACCGUUCGUCCUGCUUCCUACAUAGGACAACCAAAAGGAAGAAAAAAUAAUGGGGGUCGCGGGAUGGUAGGUUAUCAGAACAUGUAA